GCACAUGCGCACAUACACAUAUGGGGAUAUUCUGCAAGAAAAAUGCCCUUGGAGAACUAUAUUAGGAUACGUUAGGAAUCCAGAUUCUUCUCGAGAAGCUGCUGAAGAAAUCAACAAGACAAAAUACCAAAGCUGGUUUCUCCUCUUCUAUGCACCUGUCUUCCUAAGGAAAUAUCUUGAACUUCAUUUUGUGUUUUAUAUUUCUCCUGAUUUAAAUAAAGCAAAGCCCUUGAGACCUGAUGCCUGCAUGACAAAAUGUUCUCCAGCUUUGAGGUUGGUCUUUCUCAGUGCUACCUUAUUAUGAGGACUGCAUUGUACUAUUUUUGAGGCUGGGAAUGAGGUGCUCUAUCUCUUUCUAUGUUUAAUAACGCCAAGACUGGGCUUCAUCUUCCUUCCUUCUUUUUCUUGUGGUGCAAAGCAGCUCACCCGAACUCCGAAACAUGGGCUUGAUUUCAUCCAAGACCCAUAGGAAGGUCACCAAAGUGACACCAAUGCCGUGCAAAGAAAGAGAACCAAAACAGCCUAGUAGUGUGACAGUUUAUUCCUUCCAGACCUUGCCAAGCUCAUUUGUUUCCUCAUCAGGGAGAAAUCCAGUUCUGGAAAGACAACUUCCACCUUUGAGAGAGACAUGCUACGGAAGAUAUCCCACAGUGCCCAGGCCAAAUCUGUUAGACCCCACUCAAGGAGGAGGAGGUGGAGGUGGUAGUGGUGGUGAAGGAGGAGGAGGAGGAGAAGGAAGCAUCAUCAAGCAACAUCCACCUCGAAGGCUUCAGAAAUUGGAGCCAUUUAUUCUUGCAGACAACAUCCCUGCAACCAAAUACCCGAAUCUGCAAGGUGGGACAGUGAUGCAGAAGGAAAAGGAAGUAGAGAGAGGAGUGCACAUUGCUAGGCAUCCCGCUGGAAGAAGGCAGUAUUUACUACAGAUGAAGAUGCUUGAAAUCAGAAAAGAGGCAGAACUAAAAAAGCGUCUGCAACAGGAGGCUAGACUUAAUAAGCCCAAAAGAAGGGAUCUUCAUGUGCUGGGCACUCUUGAGCAUAUGCAGGGAACUCAAAGCUCUGAUGAUGAAGACCAACACUCUACUGAGCAUGAACAAACAUUUAAUGGAAGCCAUGGAGAUUUGUGGCACAGAGAAUUUCUUAAAGAAUCUGAGUCACCUAAAUCCCAUUUGGACAAAGUGGAGACAUGGCUGUUGAAGCAACAAGCAACAAUGGAGUCGUCUUCAGAUGCUUCCAGCACUGACACCAAUAACUGGAGUGAUUGCAACGACAACUUUAGGAAACCUUAUCGAAGGCCUGCUUUAGUGAGAACGAAGACAGAAAGGAUUACCCUUUUUGAUGAUUUCUUUGAUAAAGAACUUUAAAUUAUGUAAAUCAUGUAUAAGACAACCUUUUAGAGAAGGCAUUCUGACAUUAUUCUCCCCUUCCAUUUGUAAAUCUCCUAUUAUCUAUCUAUCUAUCUAUCUAUCUAUCUCUAUCUAUCUAUCUAUCUAUCUAUCUAUCUAUCUAUCUAUC